CUGACAGCAGCGUCCACCGGAGGAGGAGCGGGAGUCGCAGGAGGAUGGGCUGCCUCUAGGCUCGCGCUCCAGACGCGUCGGGCUGUGAGAGGGUGGGUGGUCGCGCCUGCAGCGUCUGCGGCGGCGGCGCGGCGCGAGGUGGCAUUCGGCUCGGGCCCCGCAGUCUCAGCCCCCGGCCCUGCGGGCCUUUCCGCGGCGCCGCCUGGCCGGGCCGCCUGGCCGUCUGCCCCGGGCCCCUCGCAGGCGGGAGAACGGACGACUCCGCACUUCCUGGUUUCUGAAGUGCUUGUCGCUUGGGACGAUGGAUGAGCAAUCGCAAGGCAUGCAAGGGCCACCUGUUCCUCAGUUCCAACCGCAGAAGGCCUUACGACCGGAUAUGGGCUAUAAUACGUUAGCCAACUUUCGAAUAGAAAAGAAAAUUGGUCGCGGGCAAUUUAGUGAAGUUUAUAGAGCAGCCUGUCUCUUGGAUGGAGUACCCGUAGCUUUAAAAAAAGUGCAGAUAUUCGAUCUGAUGGAUGCCAAAGCCCGUGCUGAUUGUAUCAAGGAGAUCGAUCUCCUGAAGCAACUCAACCAUCCAAAUGUAAUUAAAUAUUACGCAUCAUUCAUUGAAGAUAAUGAAUUAAACAUAGUUUUGGAAUUAGCCGAUGCUGGUGAUCUAUCCAGGAUGAUAAAGCAUUUUAAGAAACAAAAGCGGCUGAUCCCGGAGAGGACCGUCUGGAAGUACUUUGUCCAGCUCUGCAGCGCGCUGGAGCACAUGCACUCCCGCCGCGUCAUGCACCGAGAUAUCAAACCAGCAAACGUGUUCAUCACGGCCACUGGCGUCGUCAAGCUUGGGGACCUGGGCCUGGGCCGCUUCUUCAGCUCCAAAACCACGGCGGCACAUUCUUUAGUGGGUACGCCGUACUACAUGUCGCCCGAGCGAAUCCACGAGAACGGGUACAACUUCAAGUCCGACAUCUGGUCCCUCGGCUGUCUCCUCUACGAGAUGGCGGCGUUGCAGAGUCCCUUCUACGGCGACAAGAUGAACCUGUACUCGCUGUGCAAGAAGAUCGAGCAGUGCGACUACCCCCCGCUUCCCUCGGACCACUACUCGGAGGAACUCCGGCAGCUGGUGAACAUGUGCAUCAACCCAGACCCCGAGAAGCGACCGGACAUCACCUACGUGUACGACGUUGCCAAGAGGAUGCACGCGUGCACCGCGAGCAGCUGAGCGCCCAGGCGGCGAGCCGACCGCCCUGUGUGCGCGCAGCCCGCCCCGCCCGCCCGCCGGAGCUCGCGCGCCCGGCGCCUUCCCCAGUCCUCUAAGCUUCAUUUUGUACCAAUUUAAGUCGCCUUCUUGCAAAGCCCAAAUGACUUUGGAAUAAUCGAAUUGCAUGCUAGGAGAGUAAACGGGACAUGAUAGUUAUUAACGGCUGAAGACUUGUAUCCUUAUUUAGAGUUUUGUGCGGAGAAAUUGUGUUCAGCUUGACUCUCGGUGCCAAACGCUAGGGGCCCUUGGCG